AUGGCCGUUAUGUACAGACCUCCUCCAUCAAAGAAGAAUGGCUUGAAUGCACGAGAUUUUCUGGAUACCGAAUGGCCAGGUUUCUUAUCAAAAUUUGCCACAAUUGACAACAAUGUCAUUAUCACCGGCGAUCUGAAUUUUCAUUUGGACAAUCUUUCUGAUCGCGACACCAUCAAAUUUAACAGUGUGCUUCAAUCCUGUGGCAUGUAUCAACAUGUGAAAGGGCCAACCCACGUCCAAGGUCAUACCUUAGACGUGGUCAUCACCAGAGACAUGGAAAACAUAAUAUCUGCAGUUGUAGUGACCGAUCCUGGAUUAUCAGAUAGCUCUGGCAAAAUAGCUAAGGAUCAUUUGGCAGUAAUGUUCAAUGCGCUUGCAGCGAAGCCCCCUCCGGUAAAGAAAACUGUAACAUACAGGAAACUUCGGUCGAUUGACGUUGAUUCAUUCAAAGCUGAUAUUCUAUCAUCCGAUCUUUUGAAAUUGUCUCAGAGCACGUCAGAUGCAGACACUCUUGUCUCAUCAUACAAUAGUGAACUUUCAGCUUUAAUAGACAAUCACGCGCCAUUGUGUUUAAAAACCAUCACAUUGAGACCAUCUUGUCCCUGGUACACGGAGGAGCUUCACGGUGCCAAACAUGUGAAGCGUAAGCUAGAACGUAAAUGGCAGAUUUCAAGACUCAACGUUGACCAUUUAAUGUAUAGGAACCAAUGCGCAAUCGUUAAAAAAAUGUUGAAAAGGGCAAGAAUUGAUUAUUUCUCAGAGAAAGUAAAAUCAAGUGAACGGGACCAAAAAAGUUUGUUCAAAUUAACGAAACAUUUAUUGAAUGGCCCAAGCGAAAUUGCACUUCCACCAGGUAAGAAACCAGAAGUUUUAGCACAGGAGUUCAGCGAUUUCUUUAUAGAUAAAAUAGAAACAAUCAGAACGAACAUUUCAUCUCAGCAUCAGAGUGAAUCAGUAUCAGAAGAUCGACGCACAGAAGUACGUGAUAUUGCGCGAAUGGAUAAUUUCAUUCCAGCAACAGAGGAGGAGGUGAAAAAGCUUGUUCAACAGUCAGCUUACAAGUCUUGUGAACUAGACCCUCUUCCUACAUGGCUCGUGAAAUCGUGUAUAAACGAACUUCUACCAAUUUUGCUGAAAAUUGUUAACAGCUCGCUUCAAAGUUCAAUCGUGCCUAAAUCAUUUAAAGCAUCGCGAAUAAGGCCAUUGUUAAAAAAAGCCUAG